UGUCAAACAAGUCCGUACACAUUGAACUUUUGCGGACUUGCGGUAGAAGCUAUCGAAUUGCAUUGCGCGGCCAAAACCCCCAAUUUUAAACCUCCUUCCCGCCAAUUCAUUCCUCCCAAUUUCAUCUUCUUCCUUCUCUUUCUCUCUCUUUCCUCAAACACAGCAAAACCAGAAAAAAUGGAAGCAUCAACUCACCAAAUUCCAGAAAACCCUAGAAAUGUCUACCACAUUGGAGGAAUCCCAGUUGAAUUCCCUUACAAACCGUACGGAUCGCAGCUUGCAUUCAUGGGUCGGGUCAUCUCUACGCUUGAUCGAGCUCAAAGGGAAGGCCAUUGCCAUGCUCUCCUUGAGUCUCCUACUGGUACUGGAAAGUCUCUCUCUCUCCUCUGCUCUGCUCUUGCUUGGCAGCUUCAUCGCGGCAAAAACCCUAUUUUUCAGCAGCAACAGUCGAAGCCUGAUUCUAGGGCGGCUUCUGACCCUCUUAAUCAUGGCGGUGGCUUUGUCGUUGAUUCUCAGCUUUCUGAGACUUCAACACCAGAGACAGCUCCACCUGCAACAAAUACUACAAGUCAAAGCAAGAAAUCAGUGCCCACCAUAUAUUACGCCUCGAGAACUCAUUCUCAACUUACACAAGUUAUUCGUGAAUAUCGGAAGACGACUUACAGGGCCCCUAUGGCUGUUUUGGGAUCUAGGAAGCAUUAUUGCACUAAUGAAAAGAUACGUAAUGGAGACAACCUAGAUGAGGAAUGCAAGUUACUUCUCGAGAAUAAAGAAGCUGGGUGUCCACUAUUCAAAAAUGCUCAUAGAGUUAAAAGUCAUCCAUCUCUCCAGAAAGGUGGCUGUCAUGAGGCUCAUGAUAUUGAAGAUCUUGUUAAAAUUGGAAAAACAGUAAAAGGUUGUUCAUAUUUUGCGGCGCGUUCAUUGGCUGUUGAUGCACAUAUUGUUUUUUGCCCAUAUAGUUAUAUUACCAAUCCAAUUAUCCGAAGAGCAAUGGAAAUUGACAUCAAGGGAGCUAUUCUUGUUCUUGAUGAAGCCCAUAAUAUAGAGGACAUAUCUCGAGAAGCUGGUAGUGUGGAUGUUGACGAAGAUGCUUUGCAUAAAUUGCAGAUGGAGCUAGGUCAGCUCUGUGGAGGUGACGCACUGACAUACCAGCCUCUGUAUGAAAUGGUCCAGGAUGUUUUAAGCUGGAUGGAGCGCCGAAAAGGGGCCUUAGAAAAGCGUGAUUUUCAGCGCUAUGUCUCAUGCUGGACAGGGGAUAAGGCUUUAAAGGAGCUCCAAGAGGCUAGCAUAUCACAACAGUGCUUUCCAAUCUUGCAAGAGUGUGCUGCUAAGGCUAUCAAAGCUGCUUCAGACACCGAGUCAGGGUUAGCUCAUUUAAGUGGCAUGUCAGCAGUAACAUUGGAGGGUCUUUUCUGCUCUCUUAAUUAUUUUUUUCAGAAAAAUGGGCUUCACAUAAAUGACUUCCAACUUGCUGUACAAUGCAUCUUCAAAAAAGACACUGGUAGCUGGACUCUUACUUUCAGUUUGUGGUGUUUGAACCCAGCUGUUGUAUUCAGAGAUAUCACUGAACUUUCAUUAUCAGUGAUUUUAACAUCUGGGACUCUAUCACCAAUGAAUUCUUUUUCAUCUGAACUUGGAAUCCCAUUUGGCACGCUUCUAGAGGCUCCACACGUAAUUGACGUUGAAUCUCAGGUUUGGGCUUCAAUAAUUUCUACUGGUCCACAUGAAUAUCCCUUAAAUGCUAGCUAUAAGACAGCCGAUGCAUAUGCAUUUCAGGAUGCUGUUGGUAAAGCUUUGGAGGAGCUGUUCAAGGUUGUUCCUGGUGGUUCACUGGUGUUUUUCCCAAGCUAUAAGCUAAUGGAUAAGCUUUGUAAAAGGUGGAUUGAAACAGGCCAGUGGUCUCGGAUGAAUGCUAGAAAACCAGUCUUUGUUGAGCCCAGAGGAGGUAGCCAGGAGGAUUUUGAAGCUGUUUUGAAAGGUUAUUAUAGUGCAAUUCGUCCAGGCACUAAGCCAGCUCUUGGAAAAAGGAGAAAGGCAAAGAAAGUAAAAUCCAAUUUGUCUACUACAGCUAAUUCAAUUGAGGAAUCUAAGGAGGGGGCUGCAUUUCUUGCUGUUUGCCGUGGAAAGGUUUCUGAAGGAAUUGACUUUUCAGAUGAAAAUGCUCGUGCUGUGAUAAUAAUUGGUAUUCCUUUUCCAAAUAUAAAUGACAUCCAAGUUGCAGAGAAGAAGAAGUAUAAUGACACAUAUAAAUGCUCCAAGAAUCUUCUAAGUGGAAGUGAUUGGUACUGCCAACAAGCUUUCCGAGCACUGAAUCAGGCUGCAGGCAGGUGUAUCCGUCACAGGCAUGAUUAUGGGGCAAUCAUAUUCUUAGAUGAACGAUUUCGUGAGGAAAGAAAUACGAUCUACAUUUCAAAGUGGCUAAGGAAGUCAAUCAGAACAUAUGAGAACUUUGAGACAUCAGUUGAAGGAUUGAAAUCUUUCUUCUCUAACAUUAAGGAGAGGGUUGGCAACACCAUUAAGUUACAAGAUCCUGUUGCUGAUUUAGAAGGUAAUCUUCCUGAUGCUUCAGCCAAAGAAUCCAUAAGGUUGAAAACUCAGAAAUCAACCAAUUCACAAGUCAGUGAAAUGGGAAUGGUUUCUGGCAGCAUGAAGAUGCCAUCUACUGGACUUUCUCAUUGUUUAUCACGCAAAGCUGGGGGUAUCUCUAAUCAUACGACAAUAAGAUCUCAAAGAAACAAUGGAAUCCAGGAACCUUCAUCAACUCAUGUGGAAGAUAUUGACAACCAGAAAGAGAUUGACAAAGAUUGCUAUAGUUUGGAGUACUGUGAAACACCUUGCACAGCUAAUUUUGAAGAAAGGCUAGAACUUUCUGUUGUUAAGGAGACUCCUGUGGCUGGAAAUUAUGCUGUAUUUAGUCCUGAGCCUUUCAUGAACGAGGACAAUUCUUAUUCCACCAUAAUCCAGGCAUCUGAGUUUGAUCAAGCACAUCAUGUGUCUUUAACAGAUUCAGCUCAGUCUCCUUCAAAAGUGACGUGCGCUGAAGUCACUCCAGAAAGGGUUGGCAGGGGAAAUACCAAGGAGUUAGCACAGGAAAUAGAGUCAUCUGCAAACUUGAGUGUUAAUUCUCAUGCACAGAAAAGGAGGAUGUUGCUUAAUAUACAGCAGAUGAACACCAUUCAGAAAAUGAAGUUUGAUGUGGGGAAUGCAGAAAAUAAUCAGGACUUUAGAAUGAUGGAUUAUUCAGAGUUAAAUGACAAUUCAAGUCAAAGAACAAAAUUUUCUAAGGUUAGUUUAUCAGCAUGUGAACUUAAGCCUAGCGCUCAACCUUAUGUGGUAAGUGAGGGCAAUAUAUAUUCCAAGAGUGGGGGUUCCUGUACGGAUCAACUAUUACAAAUUUUUUGCUCACUCUGCAAAAACCCACUUGGUCUUCCUGAAAACAGCUUGUAUGCCACAUGUUUCUUGACUUCAAUAUCAAAAAUUAUUUUGAGUAAUCUUUCUAAAGGACAUGGGCUGCAAAGUCUACGGACUUCACCAUCUCUUGUGCCAGUUGUGAUAGUGGAUAUAUUAUCAGUUGAUCAGCGGCUUUAUAAUAGGAAUAACAAAGAUAUUCCAGGUCAGGGUAUCUGGUGCCAAGAAGAUGGAUGUGUAUACAAUUCCAUAUUCUGCCCUUUCUGCAUUUCUACCAACCAUUGUCUUGGAGUGCAGAUCAUGGCUGCUGAUGCAUUAAACACUCAGUUAAUUGGAAAGAUACUCUUCUACUAUGAUCGUUUGGAGGUUAAGACUUGCCUAGGAUCGGAGAGCAAGGAUUCUUUGAUUGAUAACAAUUCGUGCCGAGAUCAGACAGUUGGUAUAAAUUCUAUUAAAAAAUAUGAAUAUCAAUCUCAGCCGCAUAGUCCAGGAAGCUGGAAAUUGACGAAAGCAAAGUCAAGACUACUGAAGAGAAGCCCUAUGUCACAAUCAUAGAAGAAGAUUAGUGACUACUGCGUACUGAGCUACUGGGCUCCGGUUAAGCUAGGCACUGUACAGCACAUGUACGACACUUCAAUAGAACAUUUAUUAUUGACUAUUAAUCACAUGUCAAGGGCACAUAUUUUAAGUUAAGGUGACUUGUGGUCGACUCGAGUUAUGAUGGCUUAUAGCAGUGGGUUGGGUCACUUAGGUGUGCCUCUGAUUUGUAAAGUUCAGCUUUUGGAUAGAUUCUCUAGAGGGGAUGGUAACAUGUCCGCAAGAAUUUUGUGUAAAAAUGUAUAGUUAAACGGAAAUCACCAAUGUACAGAACGAUUGAAGUUGUAAUAUAUCAGGCUUUGUAUAACAUUUAUGAUGCUGAUUGACUCAACAAAAUAUUUGAUCAUCUUUAUUUGGUGUUUUUUUCCCCAAUUGGCAGCCUAUUCAGUUCUCCGUCUGCUGCUUCAUAGUUCGUUAUGGCUUGUUGCUGAGUUCAAAUUUUUGUAAACAAAGAAAUGGAUUCGAGUCUUGGAAGUUGGAAUACCAAGUAAUGUUCAUAUUUUUGAAUGGUUCUUACUUCCUAGCCUAUUGAUCAGUGGCAGUGAACUAGUAAUUAAUAGCUUUGGAAAUUGCUACUUGAAGUAGCAUUUGCUCACUGAACCGAUUCAAAAAAAAAAAAAAAAAAAGGAUUUUUUCUCCACUUAUAUAGACGAUUUAUCAGGAAUUUUUGAAAAAAUAGUUGUAUACUUAGCUUGUAAUUGCAACUUUUUGACUUUUUCGUACUCCCU